UUGUUGCUAGCAGGGAUGAGCCACGAGGAGGCUAUACAGUAUUUUUUUUCUAUGACAGUGUUGCCUGCUACUACCAGUACUCCAGGUGAGGUGGUGGAUAUCUAUCAGCGAGAGUUCCUGGCGCUCAGAGACCGUCUGCACGCUGCCGAACAGGAGAGUCUAAAGCGCUCCAAGGAGUUGAACCUGGUCCUGGACGAGAUAAAGAGAGCGAUCUCGGAGAAGCAGGCCCUACGGGACGUAAACCGGACAUGGAGCAGCUUAUCUGAUGAAACCAGAUUAAAACUGUGGAAUAUCACCAACAAGAAUGUGCUGCAUCUUCCCACCAUCUUCCAUCAUUUGCCACACUUGCUGUCCAAGGAGAACAGUCUACAACCAGCUGUGCAUGUGGGACAGGGACGCACUGGAGUCUCCAUAGUGAUGGGAAUCCCCAGCGUGAAGCGGGAGGUGCAUUCGUACCUUGCGGACACCCUGAAUUCCCUGAUCUCCGAGCUCACUCAACAGGAAAAGGAGGACACUGUGAUUGUUGUUCUGAUCGCUGAGACGGAUGAACAGUACGCAACUGGAGUGGCAGAAAAUCUCAAAAACUUGUUCCCCAAGGAAAUACAGUCUGGUCUCCUGGAAGUCAUUUCUCCCUCUCCACAUUUCUAUCCAGACUUCUCUCGCCUCCGGGAAUCUUUUGGCGAUCCCAAGGAAAGAGUCAGGUGGAGAACAAAACAGAACCUAGAUUAUUGCUUUUUAAUGAUGUAUGCCCAGUCCAAAGGCAUUUACUACGUGCAGCUGGAGGAUGACAUUGUGGCCAAGCCAAACUAUCUCAGCACAAUGAAGAACUUUGCUUUCUCUCAGCUUGGGUUUAUUGGAAAGAUGUUCAAGUCGCUGGAUCUCAGCUUGAUUGUGGAGUUUAUACUUAUGUUUUACAAGGACAAGCCCAUUGACUGGCUCCUAGAUCAUAUCCUUUGGGUGAAAGUCUGCAAUCCGGAAAAAGAUGCAAAACAUUGUGACCGGCAGAAGGCGAACCUGAGGAUCCGCUUCAAGCCCUCUCUCUUCCAGCACGUGGGAACCCACUCCUCCUUGGCUGGGAAGAUACAGAAAUUGAAAGACAAAGACUUUGGCAAGCAGGCCCUGCGAAAAGAGCACGUCAACCCUCCGGCAGAGGUGAGCACCAGCCUGAAAACCUACCAACACUUUACCCUGGAGAAAGCCUACCUGAGAGAGGACUUCUUCUGGGCAUUCACCCCCAUGGCAGGAGACUUCAUCCGAUUCAGAUUCUUUAAACCCCUCCGCAUCGAAAGAUUCUUCUUCCGCAGUGGCAACAUUGAACACCCAGAAGACAAACUGUUCAAUACGACCGUGGAGGUUUUGCCCUUCGACAGUCUCCAGUCAGAUAAGGAAGCCCUGCAGGAGGGAAGAGGGACAGCGUUCAAGUUCCACAGGACAUCAGAUGGCUACAUACAGAUAGGCUCCUUUUCUAAGGGUGUUGCAGAAGGAGAAGUGGACCCUUCAUUUGGGCCUCUGGAAGCCAUCCGACUGGUCAUCCAGACUGAUUCUCCAGUGUGGAUCAUCUUGAGUGAGAUUUUUCUGAAAAAAGCAGAAUGAAAUUCCCAGGACGAAGGGUUGGAUGCACGCAGCAGUUGCUCUUCCCUGACUCAUCCUCUCCCUUCUCUUCCCGUCCCCCAGUCUGCCAACGGUGCAAACGUGUUGCAUGCACAGCACCACCACCUGCUCCACGCCAGGAAGAAAAACCAAUGUGGUCAACAUGCACACAUCCUGGCAAGCUCUGCAACAGACGACAGGGAGGGAAACCACCUCCACAUGUGGGUGCUGGCCAGAAUAGCACUAGUGCCUGCAAAGGCACAUCUUGACUGCAGCUGAAUUUGCAGGGGCAGGGCAGUUACACUGUCUGCUCUUGCUGUAUAGAGACCAAGGGAAAAUAAUCCCAAUGGAUUUGGUUUUGUUCCCCGGGGCGAGGACCAUACUUUUUUAUCCUUGCAGGGGUAUGGCUCCUGGGCUAGAGCAGUGGGAUCACACGAAUGCACAGUGCAGUUUGGCACACUGACUGAAGGAUCUAACGAGCAGGCAGGCAAACAUAUCUUCAGCCCAGGAAAGGGCAGACCUGGGUGGGGGAGCCUAGUAGUCCUACUGCCGAGCAGUGUAGGGGAGUGAGCCUUGGCAGUGUGCGCAGGGGGAGUGAGUUCUCACUAACUGUAAAGCUGGGGUGAGGUGUAUUGCGGGAAACCGCCAGAGCCUAAAUUGCUACAGUUCCCCUUGCCCCCGCAAAAGGCAGUUCUCCCAGGACCACCGCUGAAGAUUAAGUGAGCAGGAAGAUGGAGCGCCCCUCGUGGUCCAGGAGGGAUCGUGGUUCUAGCAGAGGGGAUUGCGUAUAGCGGUAUGGCAGGGAAAAUAAUAAACCACACUGUGCCUGCCAGGGUUGUACACGGCCCCUGAAUUAAACUUACGCUGAAGGCUUCUGUGUCUUCAUGCCUUGAGAUUUUGAGUGCAAAAUCCAUCUUUGUAAUAACUAUUUCAGUUACUGGUUGAUGUGAAUUUUGGAGAUAGUAGCCCUGUUCUAAAAUGGUAGGGAUUAGUGUAAUUUUUCAGAGGUUUUCUGAAAUCCCAAUGUCUCUUCAGCUAUACACUGGAAUGCAUUAUACUACUUUAAUGUGCUGUAUUUUUUAUUAUUGGAUACAUUUGAUUUUUCAAGUACAUCUCUAUAUAAAUAUAUAUUAAAAUGUGCACUGUAAUAAAGUUUAAUUAAAUUUAAAACCCGGGCCUGUGUCUGCACUCGAGCUUCCACUUUCCACCAAGAGGCGCUUCAUAUUUCACUUGCCGUUUGUACACAUUUGCUCAGCAAUGCAAGCAUUGAAGGGGGUUACACAUUAGCCAAGGCAGCAUUACGUGUGGCUGUGGUGCCAGUCCCAGAGGCCCUGCGACUGCAGGCAGGAUACUGGAGUAGCCUAAGGGAAUGGCCUGUAUUCCAGCUCUGCCUAGAUUAGGAAAAGAAAUACUUGCUCAACUCGCUCCUUCAUUGUAAUAUGUAACAUGUUUUUUCCUACUACUGCCAAGGGACCUGGGGCCUGAAAACAUCCGCAGUAGCCUUGAAUCCAAGUACAAGGACUUACAUUGGUUUAAUAAAGGAAUUAAGUUUCUGCUGA